AUGCCGCGUGCAGGGCUGAGGCGGAAAAUCGCUUUAAUCGUCAGGCGGAGCCGCUGGGCGGAGUAUCAAACCUUUGCAGCCCGGUCGGUGGGCGGGUCCCCGCCUGUGCGCUGUGAUUGGGCGUCCCGCUGUCUGCCUUGGACUCUCAGCUAUGCUGCUCACAACCACACUGCCACCGGUUACAACCAAACUGCCACCGGUUACAACCACACUGCCAACGGUCACAACCACACUGCCCCCGGCCACAACCACACUGCCACAGGUGAAAACCACAAUGCCACAGGUGACAACCACAAUGCCACAGGUGACAACUACAAUGCCACAGGUCACAGCCACACUGCCACCGGUCACAACCACACUGCCACCGGUCACAACCACACUGCCACCGGUCACAACCACAAUGCCAAGGAUGACAACCACAAUGCCACAGGUGACAACCGCAAUGCCACAGGUCACAGCCACACUGUCACAGGUCACAGCCACACUGCCACCGGUCACAGCCACACUGCCACCGGUCACAGCCACACUGCCACCGGUCACAACCACACUGCCACCGGUCACAGCCACACUGCCAAAGAUGACAACCACAAUGCCACAGGUGACAAACACAAUGUCACAGGUUACAACCACAAUGCCACAGGUCACAACCACACUGCCACAUGUGACACCCACACUGCCACCGAUGGCAAAGACACUGCCACAGGUCACAACCACACUGCCACCGGUCACAACCACACUGCCACAUGA